AUGGCCCAAUGGCUUCACUCGAAGCAAGAAGAAAAGAUCUGGACGAGCGGAGCGCCUGGCGAAGGCGUACUGGUCAAGAAGCAGAAGGGGUCGUAUGCGUACUCUCCGGUCGACCUAAUCGAGGAUGGCAGUGGCCUUUACGAGGCCGUCAACCAGCUGAACGCCAGGAUCCACCGAACCCUCCGACUCCAGGUCAUUCCCUCUCUGAUCCAUCUCGCGCACGCGCAAAGACAUCAGUCUGCUGCAUUCGUCGCCGAUACUGCUACACUUCUCGUCUGGGAAGAUGAGCCCACAAGACUGCUGGAGCGUGCAGAAUACAUACAAGACGCUCUUAUGACGAUGUCUUGGAAGCCUGAGCCUGCAGAGGAGGGAGCUGAGAAGGACACCAAGAAGCCAUUUAUCAAGAUCGAGGAGUACGAGGAACAGACAGGGGAGGAGGCCACAGAGGAGGCACCUCGCAAGAUUGUCAUGUGGCAAUGUAUCUACGAGGGUGCUACACUUGCACUCAUGUUCGGCUGUCUUGGUGCUGGUUGGCGAUGGAUUGCUAUCGAGCAUCUUACCGACCCCAAUUGGAUGCGUCUGCUAUUCAUCCUUGUCCUGCCUGCUCAGGCAUGGCUCGGUCUCUUCUUCUUCCAAGCCAUCAUUGGAGAUCUCGCUCAGCUGUUCGGUCCUGUCGGGUACAUGGAAAGAAAUUCUAAGUACUACUCCGGCAAGGCUCCUCGCCGUCUGCAACGCGACACAUUCGGUCCUUUGCCCCACGUCACCAUUCAGAUGCCUGUUUAUAAGGAGGGUCUACGCGCUGUCAUCGAGCCCACAGUUCGAUCCAUUAAGCAGGCCAUCUCAACCUACGAGCUUCAGGGAGGUACAGCCAACAUCUUUGUUAACGACGACGGAAUGCAAUUGAUUUCCCCAGAGGAGGCUAAGGCCAGGCAAGACUAUUACGACGAGAAUCAGAUCGGCUGGGUCGCGCGUCCCAAGCACAAUCCCAAGCCUGCGGAAGGCGAGACAGAGUUCUUGCGUCGCGGAAAGUUCAAGAAGGCUUCCAACAUGAACUACGCUAUGCGUCUCUCUGUUCAGGUAGAAGAAGCGCUCGCUGGCAUGGCUCGCCACAGCCAGUGGAACAACAACGACGAGAGUGCAGCCUACAACAACGCCCUGAAGCAAGUUCUCGAGAACCGCGAGGGUGAGGCUUGGGCCGAUGGCAACAUCCGCAUGGGCGAUUACAUCCUAAUCAUUGACUCCGAUACCCGUGUGCCCAACGACUGCUUCCUCGAGGCCGUCUCCGAAAUGGAGCAAUCACCCCAGGUUGCUAUUCUCCAGUAUGCUUCCGGUGUAAUGAACGUCACAAACUCCUUCUUCGAGAACGGUAUCACAUUCUUCACCAACCUUGUUUACACCAUGAUCCGAUUUGCCGUUGCCAACGGUGAUGUCGCCCCCUUCGUCGGUCACAACGCCAUCCUCCGCUGGUCCGCCCUUCAGAACAUUGGCUACGAGUGCGAGCAGGACGGCUGGGAGAAGUGGUGGUCCGAGUCCACUGUGUCCGAAGACUUCGACAUGGCCCUGCGCCUGCAAGCGGAAGGCUACAUCGUACGCCUCGGCGCAUACAAGGACGGCGGCUACCAAGAAGGCGUCUCCCUCACCGUGUACGAUGAGCUUGCCCGUUGGGAGAAGUACGCUUAUGGUUGCAACGAAUUGAUCUUCCACCCCUUCAAGGACUGGAUAUUCAAGGGACCCUUCACCAAGCUCUUCCGCACCUUUGUCAUGUCAAACAUGCCCCUGCACUCCAAGCUCACCAUCAUGGCCUACAUCGGUACAUACUAUGCGCUUGGCAGCUCCUGGAUUCUCACACUCAUGAACUACGUUAUCAUCGGUCUUUACAACGGACAUCUCGACCACUACUACCUGGACUCGUUUAAGAUUUACUUCUCUAUUGUUAUUGUCUUUACCGCCGUUGGCAACGUCGCCCUCGCAGUCCUCCGCUACCGCAUUGGCGAGUGUGGCCUUCUCCGCGCUCUCUUCACCAACCUGAAGUGGAUCCCCCUCCUGACCAUCUUCCUCGGCGGCGUGUCACUGCACGUAUCGCAAGCGCUGCUCUGCCACUUCUUCAGCAUCGACAUGCAAUGGGGCGCCACCUCGAAAGAAGUCGAGGACAUCUCCUUCUGGACCGCCGGUCUCGACGUGCUCAAGAAGUUCAAGUACAUGCUCACCUUCUGCGUCGCCAUCGCCGCAGGCAUGAUCUGCAUGGCUUUUGUCGUCCCCGAGACAUGGCAGAUCCGCUCCCUCAUCGCGUGCUUCCCUAUGGGCCUCGUCAUCACCAACCACGUUCUCCUUCCCACCGUGCUGAACCCCCAGCUCAUGACUUUCACCUGGUAG